AUGGGAUACAAAGCACUCGUCAAGGAGCUAACAGAUCAUUACAAACCACAAAAGAAUGUGAUUGCGGAAAGAUUCCGUUUUCAACGGAGAAGCCAGCAAGAAGGAGAAAGUGUAACCAGCUUUAUUGUAGCCCUGAAACAGCUCUCGAUACACUGUGAUUAUGCUGGACAUUUGGAUGAAGCACUCCGAGACCGAUUUGUCUGUGGAUUGCGGUCAGAGGCGAUGCAAAAACGACUUCUAACAGAACGUGAGUUGAAAUUCAAAUCUGCUUGCGACAUUGCAUGCACGAUGGAAAUGGCGUCUAAAAACACAACGGAAUUAUCAGACAAGGCAAAGGCGACAUCAUCAGAGGUGUGCACCGUAUCAAGCCAGAGAGUAAAACGUGAACAAAUGAGGCGUGCCAAUGCAAGUGGUAACCCACUCGACGGAUCGGCAGACGUGAGUACACAGUGUUAUCGAUGUGGAGGCAAACACGCAGCCAGCAAUUGCAGGUUUAAGAAUGAAAAAUGCCACAAUUGUUCGAAAACGGGGCACAUUGCUCGAGCUUGCAGAAGUAGAAACAAAGCUAUGCCCACUCAGUAUGUUGAACAAGAUGAUGCAACUAAUGAAAGUGAAAAUGAGCUUUUUGGAAUUUGGUCAGUGUACACAGCUACAGAUGGGAAUCGUGGCAUUGACGUGCAGAUGCACAUUGAAGACAGUCCAGUGCAAAUGCAGUUAGACACUGGGGCUGCGGUGACACUGGUGUCAGAGAAAGUGUACCUGCAGGCCCUGUCACAUUUACCUCUGCAGCCAUGUAAUUUGACAUUGGCAACUUUCACUGGAGAUGCCAUUCCCUUGAAGGGUCAAGUAAACGUGGCAGUUAAGUAUGGCAGUCAGAGCCACACACUGCCACUUGUAAUCGUUAAGGGGGAUCGGCCUGCGCUGUUAGGGCGAAAUUGGUUGAAGAAGAUCAGACUCAACUGGACGAGCAUAUUUGCUGUUGAAGGCAAAAACGACCAGCGGCCAGAGGUGGCGGCGUUGCUCCAGCAAUAUGAGUCGGUGUUUCAAGAGGGGCCUCGCGCCAUCCGGGGAUUCAAAGCACACAUCAAAAUCAAACCUGGGGCCAUACCCAUUUUCAAGAAGGCCAGAUCGGUACCCUAUGCUUUGAAAGUGACUGUGGAGAAAGAACUGGACAGGCUGGAGGCUAUGGGCGUCAUCUCUAAAGUGGAUAACAGUGAGUGGGCCUCACCUUUAGUGGUGGUCCCAAAAGCAGACAAAAGUAUCCGAAUAUGCGGAGAUUACAAAGUCACCAUUAACAACAGUGUGGAGGAGGAAACAUACCCACUGCCAAAUACAGAAGAUCUGUUCGCGACCUUGGCAGGGGGGAAGUGGUUUUCAAAGCUGGAUCUGUCGCACGCAUACCAACAGCUAGAGCUGAGCCCCGAAUCUGAGAAGUAUUUGACAGUAAAUACCCAUCGUGGCCUGUACAGGUACCAUCGCUUGUCGUAUGGGGUCUCCAGUGCACCCUCAAUUUUUCAAGGAGUUAUGGAUCAGGUGCUGCAGGGACUGGAGGGAGUCACCUGUUUUUUGGAUGACAUACUUGUCACAGCAGACACAGAGCAAGCCCACUUACUGAGAUUGGCAGAGGUCUUGAGCCGACUAGAGAAAUUCGGAAUCAGGGCAAAGUCCACAAAAUGUCAGUUCAUGAAGAACCAAGUGGAAUAUCUGGGGCACCUCAUUGAUGGAGAGGGCCUGCACCCCACAGAGGAAAAAGUGACAGCCAUAGUGAAUGCUCCUAGGCCUACAAAUGUGACAGAGCUCCGGUCGUUCUUGGGCCUCUUAAAUUACUAUGGGCGUUUUUUGAAAGAUUUAGCCACUCUGCUACAGCCACUUCAUGCUUUGCUAAAGAAAGAUGUGCCUUGGGAGUGGACAUCUGCCUGCGAUGCUGCUUUCCAGCAGGGUAAGGAGCGGCUCUUGGGAAGCACAGCUCUGGAGCAUUAUGACACCAGGAAAAAGGUACGGCUGGCCUGUGAUGCUUCUCCGUAUGGGGUGGGGGCAGUGAUUUCACACGUGUUGGAGAACGGUGAGGAAAAGCCCAUUGCGUUUGCAUCCCGCACCCUCACGGAAGCGGAAAAGAAGUAUGCCCAAAUCGAAAAGGAGGCACUUGCAAUUAUCUUCGGGGUCAGAAAGUUUCACAAAUACCUUUAUGGGAGGAAAUUCAUACUGACUACUGACCACAAGCCGCUGUUAGCCAUUCUGGGGCCUAAGUCAGCUAUCCCAACUCUGGCAGCAUUAAGAAUGCAGCGCUGGGCGCUAAUUCUCAUGGCCUACACAUAUGACAUUGAGUAUCGCAGAUCAGAGGAUCAUGGAAAUGCUGAUGCAUUGUCCAGACUGCCAAGAACACAGAAAGAUGACACUGCGGCCGAACAGGGAAUCUUCUACUUCUCCUACGUGGAUGAACUGCCAGUGCAAGCUGUUGAGAUAGCCGAAAACACCAAGAAAGAUCCUGUCCUCCACAAAGUGCUGACCUACACUCUGGAGGGUUGGCCUGAUGAGGUGCAGGAUAGCCGGCUGCAACCGUUUUUCAGUAGGAGGUCUGAGCUCUCUGCUGACCAUGGCUGCAUUUUGUGGGGGCUUCGAGUGGUCAUCCCUCCAAUUUACAGAGAACGACUGCUGAAUGACUUACAUGAGGGACACCAGGGCAUCUGCCGUAUGAAAGGUGUAGCCAGGAGCUGCAUGUGGUGGCCUCAAAUAGACAAUGACAUCGAAGUCAAAGCACAAAAGUGCAUAGCUUGUGACACAACGAGGAAAAUGCCUGGGGUGGCACCGCUGCACUGCUGGAAGUGGCCAGCUCGAGCAUGGCAAAGAAUACAUAUUGAUUUUGCUGAAAAAGACAAGCAGCAUUUCCUGGUGGUGGUGGACAGCCACUCAAAAUGGCUUGAAGUGGUCCACAUGACCUCCACAACCGCAUCCAAAACCAUUGAGGUCCUUCGGGGUCUAUUUGCAGCUUAUGGAUUGCCAGAAGAAUGCGUGAGCGACAAUGGGCCGCAAUUUACCUCUGCGGAAUUCCAAGGGUUUCUGAAAAAUAAUGGAGUCAAGCAGACUUUGGUUCCGCCGUAUCACCCUGCCUCGAAUGGGGCUGCGGAGAGGUCGGUGCAAACACUGAAGGCGUCGUUGCUGAAGCAGGUGCUCAGUGAGGGCCCUGCAGCCAACAAAACUCCUCUUCAGCAUCAGCUUGCUAACUUCCUCCUAAUGUACCGCAGCACACCCCAUGCUGUGACAGGCUGCACACCAGCAGAAUUGUUCUUAAAGCGGCAAUUGCGGACCAGAUUCAGUCUUCUCAGGCCUGAUCGUGCAAAGUUCAUGGAGGCUAAGCAGGCCAAACAAAAAGCAUACCAUGACCGUCCCUCGUCUGUUCUACGGGAAUUCAAUGAAGGAGACCUGGUCCAGGUCAGAAACUUCCGCGAGGGGAAGGAGAAAUGGAAAAGGGCAACAGUAGCAAAGCGCUUAGGGCCAGUGACUUACCUGAUUCAUGAUGGGGUACGAGAGCGCACAGUUCAUAUUGAUCACAUGCUGGCUUCAAGGGCAUCUGGAGAGGUGGCCAGUGGCAAGGCCACGGACACAGCAAGUGACCAAGAUAUAGUGCUGCCAGCCUGCGGGAGAAAUCCACCUGCAACAGCGGAGCCUACUGGGGCCAGCAAUGAUGAGCAAGAUGCACACACCUCAGCUCGGCCACAGGUAACUACCCACACCCCGGCUCCGGUGACUCCUGUACCUCCGGUGCCUGUCGCCUCACCUUCAACAGCCCGAACACCACCAACCAUGGCUUCCACCAUUGCACCAGAACCACGCAGGUAUCCUCAAAGGUGUCACACUGCUCCAAAGAGACUGGACUGGUGAUUGGGUGGGUUUUG